AUGUCCGCUUGCUCUAUAGAAAAAUGCCCACUGUGCGGGUGGAAGUAUGCUAUUACCAUUAAAGAACUAAAUCUAUUGAAUACUAAAACAGACAUUGAAUAUAUGUAUUAUUGUAUGAAGAAAUGCUCAUUAAUCAAUAAUACGAACUCAGCAAAUAUCAAAGGUUUGUUGAAUGAGUUUGGGAAUACAGUCAAAAAGCGAUUAAAAUUGGAUAUUCCCAAUCUAUCUAAUGAUGAGAUUGAAGCGAUCAAAACACUAAUUAAUGAUAAAUCUUUGAUCAUCUCAAAGGCUGAUAAAGGUAACGCGGUCGUGGUACUAAAUCGAGAAGAUUAUUUACAAAAAGGACAAUCCAUACUUGACGAUAAGCGUGCGUUCAAACAGCUAAAUGAAAAUCCUACUGAUGAACGUGAAAAGAAGUUUAUUGAUUUUCUAUUGAAAUUAAAAAAGAAAAAAGUAAUCACAGAUGAUGAGUAUAAAAGAAUGAGACUUGAUGCUGGCUCAAGAACUCCUGAAGCCUAUUUUCUUGUCAAGGUACAUAAAAGUAACCAGCCCGUUCGUCCAAUUAUAUUGAGUUAUGAUGCAUAUAAUUAUAAAACGGCGAAAUUUCUUGCUAAUUUAUUAUCACCAGUAAUGAAAGAGGGAUCAUCGUAUAUUAAAGAUUCAUUCGACUUUAUUAGAAUGAAUUUUAUCAACAAAGACUCGACUGGUUUGAUGUUCUCAUUAGACGUUUCUUCUCUAUUUACAAAUGUAUCGUUGGAAAAGUCUGUUGAUAUAGCUAUGAGAAAGAUCAGACAGUAUCAUCUCGAUUGGAAAAUUAGUGAUAAUAAUUUAAGAGAAUUAUUUUAUAUAUGCACAAAAAAAAACUAA